GAGGCAGCCGCACACCAUGGGGCGCUGGGAGCUAGCCGUCUUGGGCCUCGCCUGCUGCUUGGCAGUCGCGAGUGGGGUGAAGCUGGGCUCCGUGUACACCGAAGGUGGCUUCGUGGAGGGCGUCAACAAGAAGCUGAGCCUCUUUGGAGACUCUGUCGACAUCUUCAAGGGCAUCCCCUUCGCCGCCGCCCCCAAGGCCCUGGAGAAGCCCGAGCGACACCCCGGCUGGCAAGGGAUCCUGAAGGCCAAAAGCUUCAAGAAACGGUGCCUGCAGGCCACGCUCACCCAGGACAGCACCUACGGAAAUGAGGACUGCCUCUACCUCAACAUCUGGGUCCCCCAGGGCGGGAAGGAAGUCUCCCACGACCUGCCCGUCAUGAUCUGGAUCUACGGAGGUGCCUUCCUCAUGGGGUCCAGCCAGGGGGCCAACUUUCUCAGCAACUACCUCUACGACGGGGAGGAGAUCGCCACGCGGGGCAACGUCAUCGUGGUCACUUUCAACUACCGCGUUGGGCCCCUGGGCUUUCUCAGCACUGGGGACUCCAACCUGCCAGGUAACUAUGGCCUUUGGGAUCAGCACAUGGCCAUUGCCUGGGUGAAGAGGAACAUUGAGGCCUUCGGAGGAGACCCCAACAACAUCACCCUCUUUGGGGAGUCGGCCGGAGGUGCCAGUGUCUCUCUGCAGACCCUCUCUCCCUACAACAAGGGCCUCAUCAAGCGAGCCAUCAGCCAGAGUGGCGUGGGUCUGUGCCCAUGGGCCAUCCAGGAGAAUCCCCUUUUCUGGGCUAAAAGGAUUGCAGAGAAGGUGGGAUGCCCCGUGGACGACACCAGCAAGAUGGCUGGGUGUCUGAAGAUCACCGACCCCCGUGCCCUGACGCUGGCCUAUAAGCUGCCCCUGGGAAGCACGGAAUACCCCAAGCUGCACUAUCUGUCCUUUGUCCCCGUCAUCGAUGGAGACUUCAUCCCUGAUGACCCCGUCAACCUGUACGCCAACGCUGCGGACAUCGACUACAUAGCCGGCACCAACGACAUGGACGGCCACCUCUUCGUCGGGCUGGAUGUGCCAGCCAUCAACAGCAACAAACGGGACGUCACGGAGGAAGACUUCUAUAAGCUGGUCAGCGGGCUCACUGUGACCAAGGGGCUCAGAGGUGCCAAUGCCACGUACGAGGUGUACACCGAGCCCUGGGCCCAGGACUCAUCCCAGGAGACCAGGAAGAAGACCAUGGUGGACCUGGAAACUGAUAUCCUCUUCCUGAUCCCCACGAAGAUCGCUGUGGCCCAGCACAAGAGCCAUGCCAAGAGUGCCAACACCUACACCUACCUGUUCUCCCAACCGUCUCGGAUGCCCCUUUACCCCAAGUGGAUGGGGGCUGACCAUGCCGAUGACCUCCAGUAUGUCUUUGGGAAGCCCUUCGCCACCCCCCUGGGCUACCGGGCCCAAGACAGGACUGUCUCCAAGGCCAUGAUUGCCUACUGGACCAACUUUGCCAGAACUGGGGACCCUAACACGGGCCACUCGACAGUGCCCACAAACUGGGAUCCCUACACCCUAGAAGACGGUAACUACCUGGAAAUCAACAAGCAGAUGGAUAGCAACUCUAUGAAGCUGCACCUGAGGACCAACUACCUGCAGUUCUGGACCCAGACCUACCAGGCACUGCCCACGGUGACCGGCGAGGGGGCCAGCUCGGUGCCCCCCGCGGACAGCUCUGAGGCCAGCCCCGUGCCCCCCGCGGACAGCUCUGAGGCCACCACUGAACCCUCUGCGGGUGACUCUGAGGUGGCUCAGAUGCCUGUCGUCAUUGGCUUCUAAUGUCCUUGGCCUCCAGGGGCCACAGGAGACCCCAGGACCCACCUUCCCUCCCAAGUGCCUCCUGAAUAAAGCCUCAACCAUCUCU